UAUGUCUCCACUUGAUGGCGCUGAGAUCGAGUUGUCUCUCUUUUUUUGGGUAUCUUCCAAGCACGUUUAGAGCGUCCAGAAGCCGCUGAAAUUCCCCACGAUUUAGUAGUUCUUAUUCCCUGACAGCAGUAGCAUCUCAACACAGAACAAACAUGGCUAAGGUACCCUUCAAAGUUGCGGACAUGUCCCUGGCGGAUUUUGGCCGGAAGGAGAUCAUUAUGGCGGAGAACGAGAUGCCAGGCCUCAUGGCGUGCCGCGCCAAGUAUGGACCACAGAAGAUCCUGAAGGGCGCCAGGAUUGCCGGGUGUCUGCACAUGACCAUCCAGACGGCGGUCCUCAUUGAGACUCUCGUGGAGCUGGGAGCUGAGGUUCAAUGGUCGAGCUGUAACAUUUACAGCACUCAAGACCACGCUGCUGCUGCGAUCGCGGCUUCCGGAGUGCCUGUGUAUGCUUGGAAGGGGGAGACGGAGGAGGAGUACUUGUGGUGCAUCGAGCAGACGCUGGUGUUCAAAGAUGGUCAGCCACUGAACAUGAUUCUGGACGAUGGCGGUGACUUGACGAAUCUCGUGCACGAGAAGUUCCCGCAGUUCCUCAAGGGAAUCAGUGGGAUCAGCGAAGAGACCACCACGGGUGUCCAUAAUCUGUACAAGAUGCUCCAGGAGGGGAAACUCGCCGUGCCGGCGAUCAAUGUGAAUGACUCGGUGACCAAGAGCAAGUUUGACAACCUCUAUGGGUGUCGUGAGUCGCUGAUUGAUGGCAUUAAACGUGCCACGGACGUGAUGAUCGCCGGGAAGGUGUGCGUGGUGGCUGGAUACGGAGAUGUGGGCAAGGGAUGCGCCCAGGCCCUGAGAGGCUUCGGCGGCAGGGUGCUAAUCACCGAAAUAGAUCCCAUCAAUGCUCUCCAGGCCGCCAUGGAGGGCUACGAAGUGACAACGAUGGAAGAGGCCAGCACAAAGGCCACAAUCUACGUCACAGCGACGGGAUGCCAUGGUAUCAUCGAGGAGCGCCACUUCAUGAACAUGAAGGAUGACUCAAUUGUAUGCAACAUUGGCCACUUCGACUGUGAGAUCGAUGUGAGUUGGCUGGACAAGAAUGCCGUGGAGAAGGUGAGCAUCAAGCCUCAGGUUGAUCGCUACACGCUGUCGAACGGGAAUCACGUGAUUGUCCUGGCCGCUGGGCGACUGGUGAAUCUGGGCUGUGCCAUGGGACAUCCGAGCUUCGUCAUGUCCAACUCCUUUACGAAUCAAGUGCUGGCGCAGAUCGAGCUGUGGACGAAGAAGGAUCAGUACAAGGUGGGAGUGGUCAUGCUGCCCAAGAAGCUGGAUGAGGAAGUGGCGGCGCUGCAUUUGGACAAACUGGGUGUGAAGCUGACGAAGCUGAGCGAGAAACAGGCAAAGUACCUGAACGUGCCGCAGGAGGGACCCUACAAGCCUGACCACUACAGAUAUUGAGGAGGGUAAGCAGAGAAAGGUUACAUAUUACAUAUUGGAAAAUAAAGGAUGGAUAAAAUGAUAAAA